AACGUACCACACAAGCCCAGUUCCUCGCUAGCCUUUUCCAGCUAGCUUCCCAAAAUACCAACGUGAAUCCCCCUUACUUGUAUGGAAGCGGUCAGCAUCUCCAGCGAGUUUAUUACUUUCAGAGUUAAAGCUGCUCGUUUUCAGUCUGCAGCUGGGUAAACUUCACUCUGUUCCCUGAAUUUAGGUCCAUGUUCCUCCGUGACAAUGAAGAAGGUUUUACUACUGUCACUGCUGCUGCUGAACAUACAUCAGGGUAUAGCUGCUCCCAAAGGCGUCUCGGCCAGCCUCAAAGCCAAGUGGAGCAUGACCCCUUUCCUCCUGGAGACAAGUGAGUUUAUCGCAGAAGAUGGAAGUGAAAAAUUCUGGAACUUUGUUGACACUGUAAAGGAACUCACUGUUUACAAGCAAGGAGAAUCCGUGCGCUCAUAUUACAACUUGAUUAUCAAAAAGGCAGCUCAGUUUCUUACACAUCUUCAAGUGAACCUCCUCAGAUUUUCUCUGGCCAUGCGGUCCUACUCGCCAGCUGUUCAUGCAUCUCAACAGAUAGCCAGCGAUGAGCCUCCCCCUGAGGCUUGUCCUGCCUUUGUCUCGAUUCAUGGUCAACAUAGCUGCAGCACCAAGGACAUCAAGAAGCUCCUUAAGGAGGCAGCAGGCAGGCCAAAACCAUACUUGUAUAAGAAUGAUCACACAUAUCCAGCAGUCAACAAAACUGAUAUGCCUGUUGUGAUCCUCUAUGCUGAAAUCGGAACCAAGAAGUUCAACUCAUUUCAUAAGGUGCUGUCGGAGAAGGCACAAGAGGGCAAGCUUGUGUAUGUUUUGCGGCAUUUUGUAGCGAAACCAAAACCUCAAAAGGUGCUUUUAUCAGGAUAUGGUGUUGAGUUGGCCAUCAAAAGCACAGAAUACAAAGCUGUGGAUGACACAAAAGUUAAAGAUUCAAAGGUGGUUAUAAAUGCUGAGGAAGAUGAGAAUGAUGAAGUACAAGGUUUCUUAUUUGGGACAUUAAGAACAUCUCACCCUGAGCUCCAGGAGCAACUUGGCGAACUUCAAAAACAUCUGCUGGAAAGUACUAACGACAUGGCCCCUCUCAAAGUGUGGGAGAUGCAAGAUUUAAGUUUUCAGGCUGCUGCUAGAAUCAUGUCUGUGCCUAAGUUCGAUGCUUUAAAGGUCAUGCGAGACCUCAGUCAAAACUUUCCAAGCAGAGCAAGAUCACUGACAAGAGUGGCCGUAAAACAGGAAAUGAGAAAAGAAAUUGAGAAGAACCAAAAGCAUCUUGGUGAGACAAUGGGCAUCCAGCCAGGAGACGGGGAGCUCUUUAUAAAUGGACUACACAUUGAUCUAGACGUUCACAACCCGUUCAGUAUUUUAGACAUCCUCAGAGGAGAGGCCAAGGUCUUGGAGGGGCUUCAUAACUUGGGCAUUAAGGGAGAACAUCAGGCCAAGCUGCUUAGGUUACCUGUGAACACAGUGGAUGACAGCUACGCCUUAGAUAUCCGACAUCCAGCUAUAAUGUGGAUGAAUGACAUUGAAAAUGACCAGAUGUACCGCAACUGGCCAGCAAGUGUGCAGGAACUUCUCAGAGCCACCUUUCCUGGCGUCAUCCGACAGAUCAGACGUAAUUUCUUUAACCUGGUUCUGUUUUUAGAUCCACUGCAAGAAAAAACUGUUAACCUGGUGAAACUAGCAGAGCUUUUCUACAAGCAUAAAAUCCCCCUGAGAAUUGGAUUUGUGUUUGUUGUCAACACCAAAGAUGAGAUUGAUGGCUUCUCAGACGCAGGAGUGGGAUUUUACCGGCUGCUGAAUUACAUCGCAGACGAGUAUGAUUUAUCCCAGGCUGUGAUGUCUAUAGUCUCAAUGUACAACAAAGUAGAUGUGGGGGAAACAUUAUCUGCCGACAUAUUAUCUGCAUACCUGAAGAAGAAAUACCCAAAAGCCAAUCAAGAAAGGAUUCUGGGAGCAGAUUCUGAAUAUGAUUACAAAAGAAAGGACGGUGCUCUCUUCUACAGGAAGAGUGGGCUGGGUGCCUUGCCUGUGGCGUUAUUUAAUGGAGUUCCUCUGAACCCAGACGAGAUGGACCCAGAAGAGCUGGAGACCAUAAUCCUGCAGCGCAUAAUGGACACCACUGCUGCCUUUCAGAGAGCAGUCUUUAUGGGUCAGUUAACAGAAAGCUCAGAUGUGGUGGAUCAUCUAACGGAACAGGCUAAUGUGGUUCCCCGGAUGAAUCCGCUCAUUUUAAGCACUGACCGAAAAUACCUCGACUUGACCGGGAUGCCAGUUGUAGAUGAUUGGGAGGACACAACUAUGUUUUCAUACUUGGAGUCUAAAGACAAAACUGCUGUGAUCUCCAAAAGAAUKAAGUAUUUCACAAAUGGUGAUGAGGAUGGGAUGACUGCUGUUACCAUGUGGGUAGUUGCAGACUUUGAGAAGGUUUCAGGGCGAAAGCUGUUACUUAAUGCUUUGAAGCAUGUGAAGUCCAGUCCAGGCUUGCGUGUAGGGGUGAUAGAUAACCCCAGUGGAAAGCCCAGCGAAGAUAACACUGUGCUGUACAGAGCUGUCUGGGCCUCUCUCCUCACCCAGAAGAAUAAGGCUGCAGCACAGUUUGCACAGAAACUCCUAAAAGAGGAAAGCAGCCUGCUCCUCCAGCAAGGGACUAAGAUGAAGGACUUGGGGAUGGAGGGAAUGGACCUAGAUGCCUUUGAGAAAAAGUUCAACACACUAGAGGUUGAUUUUAUCCGCAGUCAGCAAAUGUUCUGUCGAGAUGUCCUGAAGCUGCGUCCUGGACAGCAGGCUGUGAUCAGCAACGGCAGAAUCCUCGGUCCGUUUGAAGAGCAGGAGGAAUUCACUAUGGAGGAUUUCCACUUGCUUGAGAGGAUUACACUGAGUGGUUCAGCAGAGAAAGUCAAAGCCAAAGUAAAACAGAUGGGGAUGAAACCAAAGCAAGCGAGUGACCUGGUCAUGAAAGUCGAUGCGCUGCUUUCUGCAGUCCCUAAAGGAGAGGUCAGAAGAGAUGUCGGUUUUAAAGACACCCAGAGUGUACUCCAGCUCUCGACACGUGAAAAUGAGGUGUUCUACGAUGUUGUGGCCAUCAUUGAUCCCCUCACUAGAGAAGCACAAAAGAUCUCCUCGCUCCUGAUCGUGCUUAGUCAAGUGGUCAAUGUGAAACUGCAGGUGUUUAUGAAUUGCAGGGCCAAGUUGUCCGAGUUGCCCCUCAAGAGUUUUUACAGAUUUGUUUUGGAGCCUGACGUGGCUUUCUUGGCCAACGACACGGCAUCUCCAGGGCCGGUUGCCCGCUUCACAGAGCUCCCAGAAUCCCCCCUUCUUACCCUAAACAUGAUCACACCGGAGAGCUGGAUGGUGCAGGCAGAGCACAGCCUUCACGACCUGGACAACAUCCACUUGCAGGAGGUUAAUGGGGUUGUAGCAGCAGAAUUUGAACUGGAGCACCUCUUGCUGGAAGGCCACUGCUUUGACCUGUCAACUGGCCAGCCGCCUCGCGGACUACAGUUCACUCUGGGCAUGAGUCAGGACCUGCUCAUGUAUGACACUAUUGUCAUGGCUAAUCUGGGGUAUUUCCAACUGAAGGCCAACCCAGGAGCCUGGAUCCUAAGAUUACGUAAAGGGAGAUCAGAGGACAUCUAUCAGAUUAUCACGCAUGAUGGAACUGAUUCCCCACCUGAUGCUGAGGAUGUAGUAGUUGUGCUAAACAGCUUCCACAGUAAGAUCAUCAAAGUCAGGGUGCAAAAAAAAGCAGAGAUGAUUAAUGAAGACCUUUUGAGUGAAACUAGUGAAAGCAAAGGCAUAUGGGACUCCAUAGUAAGGAGAUCUUACCCUUCCCCUGGAUCAAGACUGCAAUAUUAUGCUGUAAGAUCUAGUCUUGCAAAAAAUAUGUGCUUCUGUAGCAUCACAGGUGGUGGCUCAAAGAGGGAUGAAGGAGAGAAGAAAAAGGAAGAUAUUCUUAACGUGUUUUCUGUGGCCUCCGGUCAUCUGUACGAGCGAUUUCUGAGAAUUAUGAUGUUGUCUGUUCUUCGGCAUACAAACACACCCGUCAAGUUCUGGUUCCUUAAAAACUACCUCUCACCUUCUUUCAAGGAGACCAUUUCUCACAUGGCCAAGUCGUAUGGCUUUCAGUAUGAGUUAGUGCAGUACAAGUGGCCCCGCUGGCUCCACCAGCAGACGGAGAAACAGCGGAUUAUCUGGGGAUACAAGAUCCUCUUCCUGGAUGUUCUGUUCCCUUUAGCUGUGGACAAGAUCAUUUUUGUAGACGCCGACCAGAUUGUUCGGGCUGAUUUAAAAGAGUUGAGGGACUUGGAUUUACAGGGAGCUCCCUAUGGCUACACACCGUUUUGUGACAGUCGCAGAGAAAUGGAGGGGUAUCGCUUUUGGAAGAGCGGGUACUGGGCCUCACAUCUUGGACAGAGGAAAUAUCACAUCAGCGCGCUCUAUGUGGUGGAUUUAAAGAAGUUCCGUAAGAUUGCAGCCGGAGACAGACUGAGGGGUCAGUACCAAGCUUUAAGCCAGGACCCAAACAGUCUGUCAAACCUGGACCAGGACCUUCCUAAUAACAUGAUUCAUCAGGUGGCCAUUAAGUCACUUCCACAGGAGUGGCUGUGGUGCGAGACGUGGUGUGAUGAUGCCUCUAAAGUGACAGCUAAGACUAUCGACCUGUGCAAUAAUCCUAAAACCAAAGAGCCCAAGCUGAUGGCUGCAGCGAGGAUCGUGCCUGAGUGGGUAGAUUAUGACAAGGAGAUAAAAGAAAUGCUGAGACGAUUCCAGGAACAGACUCCAACCCCCUCACUACAUAAGAAAGCAGAGAACCGGCGGGAUGAACUUUAGCGUCUGCCAGAAGCAUGGUGAAGAGGAAGCAGGCAGCACCUUUUUGCACGCAGGCCACCUGUGAAGCUUGAAGACAGACAGUUCCAGCUAAACAUAGCUGUGGAGUGUUACAUCCCCAGCCGGAUGAAGAGGAUGUGAUAUUUUCAGAGAUGUCAUUUCUGCUUCUGAAGUCGGUAAAAAUCUCACAAACUCAGCACAGGAUUUAAUUGUGAAAGGGCAGCCAGAAACCCACGGCUUGAGGUUCUACAGCCAGACAGCAAUUAUUGGAGAGUCUUGGAAACACAAUGUUCAAAGCACCACAUCAUGUUUGUUUUAAGGGAAGCAUUUGGCAUAUGUUGCACUGUACUAGAAGAGAAGGCACAUUUCUAAGUAUAUUUCAGUAUUUAAAACAUAACACACACGCCUGUCUGGGUAUUGUUCUCUAUCUGAACCAAGUGGAGACGAUGUUGCCUUCGUCUGUAGUGCCAAACCAAAGUCGACUUAUUAGAUUUCACAAACUGCAUUAUAGACAGUCCGCCUUUUGUUGAACUCCACCCAUCUAUAACUGAUCACUCCUCACUUGGCAACUUCUACAAGCUGCAUGUUUCAGUAGUUCUUACCUUUUUUAUCUGCAUGUCUGUUUUCUCAAUAGCAGUUCACAUAUCAUUCACUAUUUCCUAAUAACACAACCAUAGAAAUCCCACCGCAGUUACCUGCUUUUAACUGGUUGUUUUUUAAGAUUUCACGGCAAAUUUUUUUGUCGCAUUUUAUAAAUGCAACUACAUCGGUUGUAGUAGGUUAUCUUUACAGGGGAGAGAAUUUAAACUUGGAAACUCGAGAUGCAUGGAUGGACAUAAUUAUGUAAGAACCAGUAUAAAGUGCUCCAAUUGGGGUGACUUACUUGGUAAAUUCUGAUUGCAUCAUGUAGGCAGCAGGGAAGGUAAUGCAGUCUUAAAAUAUGAAUUUUUUUUUAAGUUUGUUUCCUUUUCAAGACUUAGAAAAUACUUUGAUCCAGAUCCACAAUAUUCCUAUUGAAUAGUCUUACAACAUUUUUGUAAUGAAAAGCUUGAAGAAUGGCUUAAACUAACUCAUUCACGCAUUUAAACGUUAGAAGGAAUGUUUAAGGUAUUUUUAAUGUUGUAAAUUCCUCAACAGCUGAACUUGUAGAUGCCCCUGCAAUUUAGUAUCAACAAUUUUUUGUUUUACCAGAAUCUCUCAUUUUCAACAUCUGGAAUCCAACUAUAUGCACACAUUCAGAUAACUUUCAUCCAAAAACCAUUAUCAGUAGGGAGGAGUUUAUUUACCAGCUACUUAUGUGUACCGUUUCUUUAACUGCUGGUGUACGCAGAGUACGUGCUCAGAGAGAAGGCAGCCAACGGGGGAAACCCAAGUGUUUACAGAGUGGAGUUGGACAAAUGGUGGUCUGUCUUUGGUACUCGGCUUCAGUUUUCCCAAAGAAUCCUCAAGUCAUGUUUUUAUAGGUAGCAUGUCAAAGUUUAACUUAUUUCUGUGUUAAUUAUGUGACUUUUUCAAACAUCCAGUGAUUUUUGCCUCAGGAUUAAGAGAACGUGUUACUGCUCAAAUCAAGCCAACAUGUUGUGUUUYCACUUAAAAAAAUUAAUGUUUUUAAACAAGUUUAUGCAGGCUGCUCUCAGGACACCUUUGUUUUAUUGUAAAAUGUAAAAAAAAAAAUCAAUGUUUAUUAAUAUUAUGUAAUGAGAGGGUGGAUAAAAAAAAAAUAAACUUUUGCUAUAAAAUCUAAGUUCUUAUCUCACAGGUCAUCAGUGGAUGGAUGGAUUCAGUAAAGUAUGCAUAUUUCUAACUACA